UUCAAAAACAAAAAUAUAUUUUAGCUAUCCUUAGGUUGGGACUUGGAAGCUUGAAUCGUCCGAUUUCACGAUCCUUGCCCCAGUUUCCCUCCGCAUCAAUACUAGCAAGUAACGGAGGUUGGUUCUUCCUCCCUCGUUCCCUUCCCAAUUUGUGCAUACAUUACACACAGAUCUCAACCGUUCGAGCGAGAGGCUUCUCCGCGUUUCCUUUGUGGUUCGAAAUGGAUCCGAACGCAGUAAAGUCCACUUUGUCAAAUCUUGCCUUUGGAAACGUAAUGGCUGCAGCUGCCCGUGAUUAUCAGAAGGAAUUGCUUGCACAAGAGAAGGUGCAGGCAUCAAGUUCUUCUAACCAGGAGGUUGACCUUGAUGAUUUAAUGGAUGAUCCUGAGUUGGAAAAAUUGCAUGCAGAUAGGAUUGCAGCUCUUAAGAAAGAAGCAGAGAAACGGCAGGAAUGGAAGAAGAAAGGUCAUGGGGAGUACAGGGAGAUAACUGAAGGGGAUUUCUUAGCUGAAGUCACCGGAAGUGAAAAAGUGAUUUGUCAUUUCUACCAUAAGGAGUUCUAUCGGUGCAAGAUAAUGGAUAAGCAUUUAAAGUCCCUUUCAUUAAAGCAUAUAGAUACGAAGUUCAUCAAGCUUGAUGCAGAGAAUGCACCAUUCUUCGUUGCAAAACUGGCAAUAAAGACUUUGCCUUGUGUCAUACUGUUCAGGCAAGGAGUUGCCGGAGAUAGAUUGAUAGGAUUUCAAGAUUUGGGAGGGAAAGAUGAGUUUUCCACAAGAACACUCGAAGCUCUUCUCAUAAAGAAAGGCAUAAUUGAUGAGAAGAAAUAUGAGGAUGAUGAAAAUGAUGGAUAUGAUGAAAAUACACGUAGAACGGUCAGAUCAUCGGUCGUUGCUGAUUCAGAUUCUGAUUAAAAAUUAAUCCACUAAUGGUGUCAUGAAAGUUUUUAGAGUCAAGAUUUUGCUUUGUUCAUAUUUUAUUUUUCAAGAUCUCUGGUAGUCUGGUUUGUAUAAUCAUCAUUGUUAAAUUGAUGUUUAUUUAUGAGAGGGAAAUUAAAUCCUUGACAAUCAUACUGAAACAAUGCUUGUAUAACCGGUUUGAAUUGCUUUGGGGCCAAACCAAGUUGAAAUAUGCAAAUUUUGAUAUUAUAUUUUCUA